CUCUCGCCCAAUGUCAGCUGGGAUCGCGGCCCCGUUUGGGACUAAGCGGUAUAGAUAAUGGAUGGUUUGUCCUGUCACAGCUCUGACAUUCCUGAGAGAGUAUAGUCAGUAAUGUAGCCUCCCUCCACAAGGUGGCGCCCAGCUGCUUAUAGUCUGGGGAUUACUGUAUCUGUUUUCUCAAAGUGUAGCUCUAAGCUGCCAGUUUCUGAUCUUGCUUCUUGUUCAGUGACUGCUCUGUCACAUUAGGUAAGUUCUGAUAGUUAAGGAGAUUUUCUAGGAGUUUCUUAUGAGUUAAUUUAUACUGUGAUUAUGCUGCCUGUGUGACUACAGUAAAUUUCAAAGUUUUAAUUAACUACUACAUUGUUCUGCAUUUCUUAGCAUUUUGCAUGUAUCCUACGUUUCCUUUUCCUUGUUCAUUUCUGUGAUCAUUGUGUUGUUCUUUAAGUAGACUUGGCAAAUGAAUCUUUUCAUUCUUUGACAAGCAGAGUGGAUGUUAUAAUUCAGUACUAAAAAUGAGAUGCUGAUACUUUUCCUAUUCAUUUUUAAGUAUGUAAUAAAUUACAAAUAUUCAUGCUUCCAUAUAAAAUGUAUUUUUGUCAGCAAGUAAAGGAAUAAAUCAUUUUAUAGAUUGAGCACUGUAGUGUAUUGUGAGGACCAAGGAAGGAAGAAGUUGAAUUUUUAGUUCCUAGUUUAUUGUUUUUGUUACUGAGCCACAAAAAUUAUGCACAGCCUGGUGUGUGUGUGUGUGUCUUACUUCUGUUUGCAGCAUGGUCAGUGGGUAAUAAUGACGGUUUCCGUAUGCGCCAGGGGCUUGUUUGUGAAUAACCAUUGCCAUGGCAACAGCUGCUGGAGGCAGAUAGAUGUUCAGCAGCCUUGCACAGAGCAGAGGGGAAAAGAGGAGUGUGGGGGAAUGAAAGAAAAGUGAAAAGGAGAGAGGUUCUAGAAGAAGCCACCCUGCGGCCUGCCCUCUCUGACUGGCUCUGUCUUUCAUCCUCACCUGUUCGCUCCUAGAACAACCUCUGCUUCUGUUUCACCUCAGCAUCUGUUUCCACAACAGAUGUGCACUCUUUAAUCUGUCUGCCUCCUCUAUACUUCUUUCAGUGGUGUCCAUGUGGGCGGUGGGUAAUUUAGGCUCUGGCCCUGUUAUACUGUACAGCAGCUAAGCAGGAGGAGCAAGAGAGAGAGAGAAAUAGAAAGUGAGUAGAUCAGUGUUUGAAUCAGUUGUUGCUUUUGCUUGUUGGUCACCGGGAAGCCCAGGGAGGAGAUGAACAGCAAGAGCAGGACAGAAAGAUUAGCAGUGGAUGAAGGUAAACUGGAUGAGUGGAACUGGAAAGAGGACAAGAAAGUGCUAUGUGCAGACAGAGUGGGCCAGAUGACGAAGACCUACAAUGACAUCGAUGCUGUCACACGUCUGUUGGAGGAGAAAGAGCGAGAUUUGGAGUUGGCCGCAAGAAUUGGCCAGUCACUUCUUAAGAAGAACCAAACUCUGACUGAACAGAAUGACUAUCUGGAGAUACAAGUGGGACAAAUCGCAGAGGAGGUGGCCCAGCUACACCAUGAACUGAACCUGAAGGAUGAGCUGCUGCAGUUUUACACUAAUGCAGCCGAGGAGAGCGAGGAUGAGUCCAGCAGCCCAUCAGCGGGGAAGAAAAGCAAAGUGGAAGCAGCUUCAGGAGGCUUUGUGAGCAACACACUCCAGAGGAAGCUCAAAGAGCUGGAAGAAGAGAACCUGUCUCUCCGCUCAGAGGCUAAUCAUCUAAAGUCAGAGACUGAAACAUAUGAAGAAAAAGAGCAGCAGCUUGUCAAUGACUGUGUGAAGGAACUCAGGUUGUCCAGUCUCCAGAUCUCUACCAUAGCGGAGGAACUGGCCCGUAAGACUGAGGAUGCCUCCCGGCAGCAAGAGGAAAUCACACACCUCCUCUCUCAGAUAGUGGACUUGCAAAAGAAAGCAAAAUCUUAUGCGGUGGAGAAUGAGGAGCUCUCUCAACACCUGAUGGCAGCUAAAGAUGCCCAAAGGCAGCUUACAGCAGAACUACAGGAGUUGGAGGAGAAGUACUCGGAGUGUAUUGAGAUGCUGCAUGAGGCUCAGGAGGAGCUGAAGAACCUGAGGAACAGAAACUAUCCUGCAGGAGCCCUUCGGCGCUACCAUCCCCUGGGACUGUACCCAAUGGAUUCUCUGGCUGCUGAGAUUGAGGGAACCAUGAGGAAGGAGUUGAGUCUGGACGAUCCUGAGUGUGAGGAGCAGAAAGUCCAUCAUAAGCGUGUUUUUGAGACUGUUAAGAAUGUCAACGAGACAGUCCGUCAGCGUUCACUGACUCCAACCAACGCCAGCAUCCCGGGCUCCAACCAGUCUCUGUCUGCACGGACGUCACCCCAGUCCAGUGGCCUCUCCAUUUCUCACUCCAGUGUGUAUGGAGGUGACGUCAGCGGAGACAGCGCUGCCCUUGACAACCGAACACAGAGCAUACUGAUGGAGGCGGCAUCCAAUCAGGACAGCAGCACAGAGAUUUGUGAGAAGAAGUCAAGCGGGGCUGAGGAGCUGCGUCUGGCCCUGCGCCGCCUGUCUCUGCGUCGACAGAACAACCUGAGCGAGAGGCGCUUCUUUGAAGAGGAGAGAGAGCGGAGACAGGGAGGACAUGGUGGACUCCAUUAUGCGCUGGGUCAGGAGAGUGCGUUGACCCCUUCAGAAAGCAUCAUGUCACUUGGCAACCUCCACCUGUGGGCCUCACGAGGGCCGUAUCUUCCCGACAAACUCCAAAUUGUCAAACCGCUUGAAGGCUCUGCCACCCUGCACCACUGGCAGCAGUUAGCCCAGCCUCACCUCGGCGUGAUUCUAGAUGCUAGGCCAGGAGUCGUGCCAAAAGGCUACAGACCCCUGGAACUGGAGCUGGAGCAGGUAUAUCCAUGGGGCAGCUUUGAGGAGGAUGACCCAGGCGAGCAGUACUUCCAGAAUCUGCCCAACUCCUCUACCUCUGCGUCCCCAGCUGUGACCUCCACCUCCAGCACCGGUGACACCAACCUCAGGCUGCCACCACCUAGCCUUGCUCCACCUUCUCCACCAUCUCCAUCCCCAUCGCCACAUCUCAGCAACACUGAUGCCCUGGCUACAUACUUCCCAGGUAAAUGCAUGGCUCACACCAGCUCUACCUACACCUUCACAACCUGUCGGAUCCUUCAUCCCACUGAUGAGCAGACACGUGUCACGCCAAGUCUAAAUCCAUUCCCAGCAUCGUCCUCCUGUGUGAUGACCAGUCUGUUGGGUACUCCUGCUGUGACACCCUGCACGCCACGCAGGCUCAGUCUCAGGCCCUCUGAGUCCUCAACUAACCUCAGAGAUGCAACACGCACCACCAGCACCUCCCUGGGGUUAGUACGCCUUCUCCAGGAGAGAGGAAUAUCAGCAGCAGUAUAUCACCAGAGUCAGAGCCUGGAGCACAGUCAGGGCAGUGGAGAAGUCCUAUUCAGCACCUCCAUCACCCCUAACCGAGUGUCCAACCCUGAAUCUCUGCGUCCCUCUACCCCUCCGAACUCGCCCACUGGAAAGGGAGUCUCUGCUGUGCCAAACUCUGCAAACUUUGACUUUAAGAGCCCCUCAUACGACAACUUCUUAGCCUCCAAACCGGCCCGUUCUAUUUUGAAGGAGGUGACGGGGGGGAUGAGAGGCAGGCAGAGAGGGAGGGACUGCGAAAGCCAAACAGACGUUAGCGUAACCGUCCACAACCUCAACCUGCUGGACAAGGUGAAGCGGCUAGGUGUGGCUGGAGCUCCGGGGGGCAGAGCAAUCAGCCCUGGCCCCAUGCUGGGUCCUCUGGGUGGCCUGCGCAGAUCUGGCUCCCCUUUUGGGCCCGAUGGAAUAAGGAGGAAUCGCAGUUAUCCAGCUGUGGUUGGGGCAAGCAUGGCCAUGAAAGCUCCAGGACCCAAGCAAUAGCCUGGACUGCUGCAAUUAGGAUGUCCAAGUAGGAGGCAGGUAGGGCUGAGGUCUGGCUGUUGAGCAGUCACCUAAAGCCCAGACACUGACUGACACUAUUCAUAGUGUAUGGCAGCAACAUGGCACAGCUGAUCAGUUUCUAAUCACUACUUUGGUUCCAUACUGAACUUAAUAGUGCUUUUAGGUGGCAAAUCAUGCUUGAUGUAAAGGCAAAAUAACUUUGAGGAACUGUUCACCCAUAAUGCAAAAAACAUAUUUUAGAUUUAGUUUUAUGUGCCUACAUUUUAUGAUAUCUCUGAGAUAUCUCACUGUUUUCUACAGCACUUCAGUGCAGUCAGGGUGAAUAGGAUUGUACAAAAUACUGAAUUACAUUUACUGUUGGAUAAUUCUCAGACACUGAGAACAGUUCUCAUUCUUUGGCUUUGUCCAAACUUCACACCAACACCUCUAACACCUUGUAUCUUGUUUAAUCCAUACACUAAAAAGAAAUGCAGGCAGUUACAUGGUGUAGGUACAGUACAUGUAUUUCUUGAUGAGCAACAGUUUUUCUUCCAGGGAGUCAAUAAGGAUUUUUCCACCAAGGGAGUUUUACAAGCUGUAACCUGGAGCUUCCCAUACUCGUAAUUAGGUGGAACUUGAAAGGCUGAUCUGGUCUGUUCCGCUUUGCUUUUCCAUUGCAUUUUUCCCUGUAAGACUCACUGUUUACAUGAGGGUAGGGCUGAGCUCCUCAUACACAUAGCUGAGCAAAGGAACUUAAUUUAGUACUACCUCCUAAGGGGUGCCAAAAUUUAGUUCCUGGAACUCAUCUCCAAAGUGUGCAAAGGACAGUGGAAACAAAAGAGGAACCCGGGGCAAGGGGUACAAGUUACAUUAUGGGUCAGUAGGUUCCUAUAAUGGAAAUGGCCUAACUGUGUAGAGCAGUUGUUCACCCAGUAAUGGUCACAGCAACUCCCUAUGAAGCCACAAACUUGUAAUUUUUACUGUACAUUUCUGUGUGUAUGGGCUAAGCACAUUAUAAACAACAUGUUAGUGAGCUUUAGAGAUGGUGUUUGAUCUUGGGAGAGAACCGGGCUAGUUCUUUUCCCCUGCUUCCAGUCUUCAUGCUGGAGGCUAACUGCCUCCUGAUUCUAGCUCUAAACUAAUUGCACAGACAAUCCUCUCAAUUGACUCUUAAAAUAUUUCCAAAAAUGUAAAACCACUAUUUAUAUAGUCUUAAUAAAAAACUGUCAUGUUGGUACUGCUUUUGGAAAGAUAUACUGCAGAUGGGUGACAAAUGAACGGUAAAAGCAACAUCAGCUUUCUCAGUGAGUUGCUGGGCCAUUAUAUGCCACCAGAACAGCAUCAGUGCACCUCAGCAUUGAUUCUACAAAUCCCUGGACUGUACUGGAGGGAUGAACACCAUGUAUCCAACAACAGAUAUUCCCUGGUUUAGUGUUUUGAUGAUGGUAAUGGAGAUGUUGUCUAACACAUUGGUCCAAAACCUCCCAUAGGUGUUCAACUGGAUUGAGAUCUGGUGACUGUGACGGUCACAGCAUAUGAUUCACACCAUUUUCAUACUCAUCAAACCACUCAGUGACCUUUAAUUUGUCACCUGUCUGUUGCUAUUGAUCUUUUUCCAAAUAGAAAUUAGAAAUGCUUUGAGCUCCACUAAUAUUUCCACAAAGAUAUCAUAAACUCUAGGCACAUUACAGCAGUUUUAUGUAAUUUCAUUGUAUAUAACUGGGUGAACUGACCUGUUAAAGUACAUCUGAGAUAUUUAUCUGGUAAACACUCAGAAACUUUGCAGUUAAAGCUGCAAAUAUCUCCCACUUGUAUUCACUUGCAUCCCUGCUUUGGAGACUGACUCUGCUGGUUAGAUGUAGUACUCCCACUCUUUCAUUUUUUGAAACACAUUCACAUCAUCCCACACACAUCCAGACAUACACAGGUGCACUCUGCUAAAUCUGCCAUGGCACUAGCUGGCUAAUUGUAGUCACUGUAGCAUUAAACCAUAAAACUCUUCAGUAUUACUGGAAUAAGAUCCACAUCUAAAAGAUUUAUACUAGAUAAAUAAAAAACCUUUCCUCAUUAGGUGUGAGUCUUUCUACAAAUCAAUGAAUAGAUCUUAUGUCAGUAUUAAACAUACUUUUGUUUAAUUUCCUAACUGGCCAUUUGACAGGGAACCUGCUGAUACUUCUAGUGAACUGGACAGAUCAAUAAGCUGAAGCCAAGAGGACAGAAAUAAGGGAACUGUUUGUGGUUUUGGUGGUGAAUUGAAGCAAGAUUGUGCCUCGAUAAUCUGUUUUUAUGGUUUCAUGUAAUUCAUGUAAGGGUGUGAAGUAGCUGUCACAGCCCUAGUUACACUUAUUUUAUUUUUUUUUAAAGUUGGCACACACUGUACUGUAUAUAUUGUUCACUGUCACUGAAAUGUCAGUAAUGACACCCUUGUGUAGUGCAUAACCAAGAACCACACAUCACUGUAAGUACUGGGGUGCGCA